AUCAGUCCCUCACGCUGGAAUUGCAGUGCUACAGCAUACCCCCUGCAACCAUCCCCUCACAAGUCUCUCAAGAAUAUAUUUCGUCCCGCUUAUUCCGUAUCAUCAGUGGAGUCGUGCCAGGGGACAUAACCAGCUAUGUCAUCUAUCCAUUUCUCCAUCUCUACAUUUCUCCGAUAUUCUAGGCGGCUGCACUAACAUAGGCUCUAGGCAGAACGUCAGUUCCCCUGUCGCCUGUUACACUCCGAUCGGGAGCCAGAGUCGUUAGGAGAAUUAUAAACCUAAGGAUGUUCUCUAAGUUUCCCUAAUGGCGCGAAACGGUGUAUUCGCUGUGUCUUCCGCGGAAUCCUCCCCCGACGUGUCUGAGCAUCUCAGCGCAAGCAACUCCGUCCGCUCGACGCGUCAGCAGGAUUACAUGACGCGAAGCCAAGCGGUCGCCGCCGGUAACGUAGACGACCGGAAGGGCUUCGCCGGCAGUAGCGACGGCAGCAGCAGCUGUGCUGUCGCGAGCUUGGGAGCAUCUGACGGUUGCGAAUUCGCCGCCGCUGACCCGGCGCGACGAGAUGGCGGCAAAAGUAACCAAGAGCCUUCCGAUCCAUGGCUAGACCGGAAGCUAUUAGAAAAGAACGACGCGGACUGCUCCGAGGCGCACGAAUUAGGAUCAUACGCAGGCCGUCAGAAGAGUAGGAGCGCCUGGCGAGGCAUUCCGCGUUUAUGGCGGAAAACGGCUAGGCGACGCGGCGGGAAGGCAUCGCGUGCUUACGACGAGGGUGAUAGUGAAAGUAGCGAAGGAUCCAGAUCCAGCGACGACGGCUUGAGAACCGGCGAGAAUAUUCUGGGCGAAGGCGAGGAGGGGACGGGAUUGAUCAAGAGGGAAGCGGCGCGAAGGAAACCGAAUGUCCAAUGGGAAGGAGGGGAGGAAGAGGAGAAGGAGGAGGAGGGGGAUGCGGAGUUAAGGAAGAGCCGGAGGGAGUCGUGGGUUUCUGCCGUCGAGUCGUUUCUCUCCUGGCCGCUGCGCGCUCUCACGCACGCGUGGCGCCUGCGCGUGUGCUGGAUAUGGGCGGUGAUGAGCCUGGGCGUGCUGGCGGUGAUUUUCACUCUUGUCUGGACGCGCGCGGCGGGCGAGCAGCAGGCGGAGCGCGAGGGGCAGUGCGGGGAGUGGGCGGCGUUCAUCGAGUCGCACUUCAACUCCACGCAGGCCAACACGCGCGCGCUCGCCGAGUUCAUCCACGCGUACUACAUCGACGGCCCCGAGAGCUUCUUCAGCCCCACCAAGUUCCUCAAGUUCAGCUCCUCCGCCCUCCACGCCCGCCCCAUGGCCACAUUCGUGGGCUAUGCUCUGCGUGUCAACAGCUCAGCCCUACGGCGGCACGUGGAGGAGCGCCUUAAAGGCUGUCUGAUCGCAGUCAGUGAGAGCUUCGCCUGCCGCCCGCCCAAUCUGCCGCUCUACGUGCCGCUGCUGCUCGGCAACACCAACGAGGGGCAGAGCAUGCGCCGCCCGCCGCGCAAUCGCACUGUUGCCGGCGCAGACCUGCUUUCAGACCCCAUAUUCACAGCCAUGAUCCGAGCUGCCGACACGGGCCACAGCGGUGCCAUGUCCGCCCCCUUCGCAUUGCCCACCGCCCCUUUCCACCUGCUGGGCCAGGCUUUCCCGGUGUACAGCAGCCACCACCACGGCCACUCCUUCGUGCACUUACCUGGUGCUGCUGGCUCCGGUGCCCGCAGUGCCAACAGCAGGAAGAGCACUGCCCCACCCGCUGCCACCGCCACAGGAACAGCGACCCCCAACGCCACGCACACUGCAAUCGACCUGUCGGAGCCACGCAGCUUCGAGCCCGACGCUCUCGACGCCAGCUCGCACCCGCACGGGUUCUUCGUGGCGGCCUACAACUUCCACACGCUGCGCCUCGCGCCCAACUUCCAGCAACUCAAAGACCUCCAGCUGCGCACCUACCUCGUUGAUGUGACCAACGAGAGCAGCCCCGCGGUGCUGUUUGGCCCAGAGGAGGCGGCGGGGUGGACGGCGAAGCAGGUUGGGGUGUGGGCGGCGGUGGCGCAUAAGAGACGAGUGGUGCAGUACCAAGGGCGCGUUCAGUACCCCAUGUGGUUCGGCGACCCGACCCGGAACUUUGUUCUGGUUUGCGAGCCCGAAACCAACGCCAAGCCGGGCCCACCCUUUGUGUGGAUGGUGGUGUCAUUUAUAAUCUUGGCCAUAUCCGUGCUGGUGCUGUGGAUGUCGGUGCACCUGAUGGACAAGCUCGAGACGGACACGCUGCACAUGGAGGCGGCCCAGGCGGAGCUCAAAACCGCCAAGCUCGCAGCGGAAGGGGCGAGCCGUGCCAAGAGCGACUUUCUGACGACCAUGUCGCAUGAGAUCCGCACGCCCAUGAACGGCGUCAUCGGCAUGCUCAAUCUGCUGCUGGAGACACCUCUGGACGGCACGCAGCUGGACUACGCGGAGACGGCGCGCAGCAGCGGGCGCGCGCUGUGUGCGCUGAUCAACGACAUUCUGGACCUCUCCAAGAUCGAGGCGGAGAAGCUGUGCCUCGAGCGCAUCCCGCUGCACCUGCGCGCCGAGCUCGACGAUGUGCUCGCACUCUUCGUCGAGAGCGCCGAGGAGAAGAGAAGUGUGGAACUAGCGGCGUUUGUUGCAGAUGAUGUGCCCGAGACACUCUUAGGCGACCCCCUCCGCAUACGCCAGAUUCUCAUCAACCUGAUUGGCAACGCCUUCAAGUUCACCACCAAGGGCCACAUCUUCUUGGUCAUCCGUCUGGCCUCUGAAGACGAAACCGUCCACUCCAUAGCAUCCACCGCCAACACAUCCCACCACCACUCGCACCACGGAUACCACGGCUACCAUGACCAUCAGCAGUUGCAUCAGCAUCACCACACCCACCACGGCCACCAUGGCCACUCGGACCACGGGAAAAGCCUGCUAGAGGAGCUUUCAGCAUCUUUCAAAUUCCGCCGCCACUCGCUCCACCAUCGCCGGCACGGCUCAGGGGAGGAGGACGGAAGUGGAAAGGGAGGGAGAGCAGGAUCACCAGCAGCGGGGGAAUUCACAGCUCUGACCCUGAGUGGGCGGCCGGCAGUGCAGACUUGGUGCUCGUGGGAGGGCAUGGGGGACUGUGUGGACCUCAACACGGUCGGCAUGGGCAGUCACUGCUGCCACAGUGGCAUGGCCAAUCAUGGCUGCCAUAAUGGCAUGCCUAUCCCCACCUGCGGCAGCGCCAGUUCCGUAACCCCCGGUUGCGAUUGUAACACCACCACUGCCGCAGACCCCAGCCGCAACUGCGACAGCAGCGCCUUACCUCCCGGGCAGGCAGUGCGGCUGCUUGUGGCAGUUGAGGACACUGGUGAGGGCAUCCCCAUGGCAGCACAGCGGCGCAUGUUCCGUCCUUACUCGCAGGCGCAUGCCAACACCACCCGCCUGCAUGGCGGCACCGGCAUCGGGCUCUCUAUUUGCCAGCGCCUCGUGUCUCUCAUGGGUGGCAGCAUCGCUUUCAGCAGCGAGCCCGGCAUCGGCACAACCUUCUACUUUGAUGUCACCCUGCACACGCCCCCGCCCUCUUGCCUACCCUCCUGCCCGGCCCCCUGCCCGCCCUCCUGCCCGCCCUCCUGCCUGCCCUCCUGCCCGGCCCCCUGCCCGCCCUCCUGCCCGCCCUCCUGCCCCAACUCCGUGCCUCGCCCCGUAACCCCUACUCCUCUCGACGUCUCUGUCCCUCUGCUGACUGGAACUAUCUCGCCUGCUGCUUCUGGGCCUUAUCCCACUGCAGACGCUGCUGCUGCUGCUGCUGCUGCAGGCGAUGCUGCUGCUGGCACUGCUGCUGGUAGUGAGAUGGGGUUGUGUGUGGUGAGUGUGGACGACCGGUCAGUGCGGCAUGCUGUGACUCUCAGUCUGCUGCGCCGCCUCGGCAUCGCCACCCUCCACUGCUCCUCCUUCCGCCACCUGCCGUCCCUCCUCGCCCAACACCACUACGGCCUGCCAGUAGCUGCUGAAUCCACAGAAGCAGCAGCAGCACCUGAAUCCGCAGCAGCAGUAACAGCUGCACCUGGAUUAGCAGUACCCGAAUCAGCAGCAGCAGCAGCAGCAGCAGCAGCAGCCGCAGCGACCAGUCCAUCCGUUGUCAAGGCAUCUCGAAAAUCUCUCUUCAGCCUGAAGAAGGCCAAGAGCCAGCCCCUACCGCACUUCCCAUCCCAACCUCUCCACCGCCACCGCCGCCGCCGCUCCUCCUCUGCUGCCCAAGACCCCCACAUCCACCCCCCUCAUUCCCUCAUCCCCUCUCCUGCUUCCGCCCCUCCUGCUGCGGCCCCUCCUGCUUCCGCCCCCCCUGCUUCCGCCUCUCUCGGUUCAGCCUCUCUUACAACUCGCCCCCAUGCUGACCCGAGCUGCCCUCCCAGGCUGGCCGCUGUGCCGCGCUCAAUGUCUGCUUCUGAGAGGCCUGCCGCUCACUGCGCUGCUAGCGCUGCCCUGGCUGCUGCGCUCGCAGGGGGCGCCAGUGUGGGAGGCUCCCCCUCUGCCCUUGAAAGCACCUGCCCUCCCAGGCUGGCCGCUGUGCCGCGCUCCAUGUCUGCUUCUGAGAGACCGGCUGCUCACUGCGCUGCUAGCGCUGCCCUGGCUGCGGCGCUGGCAGGGGGCAUCAGUGUGGGAGGCCACUCCCCUGCGAAGCAGCCCUGCAUGGAGAGGCGUUCCGUUUCCGCCUCUCCAUGUGCGGGCAACGCUGCCCUCGCUGCUGCACUCGCAGGGGGCAGUGGUUCGGGAGACUCUCCCACUGUUGGCCUUGUUGAAAAUCCCAUCUGUAGGUUCUUUGCCGACCCACAGCAGCAGCAGCAGCAGCUGGGGCAGCAGCAGCAGCCCCCUCUCCACACAUGGUCUUCUCUCGACCCGUCUUUCAAGCCCCCACGCCAUUCCAAGAAGCUGGCAUCCGCCUUCUCCCUCUCUCGCACCCCGUCCCUCUCGCACAACGACCUCCCGAGUCUCCGGAGAAAGUUCCAGAAGCAAGCUGAGAGGGCCUAUGCCGAGGGCGCGUCCAGCCCAUCUCUUUCCUUCAACCCUGACUCCAGCCCCACUCUCUCCUUUGAUCCCCGUUCCAGCCCAUCUUGUACCUGCAACCCUUUUCCGGGACCUUCCUUGCUCCCUUCCGGGCCUUCCCUUUCACUCUACCCUCCGUCUGGCCCACCCCUCGCCUUCCCCGCUGCCGCCAGCCCUUGGAGUCCGUCCAGCCCCUCCCUUCCCUUCCUUCCAGCCCCAUCCCUGCAUUCUCCGUCGCCUCAGCCUCGCAUUUCGUGUGACCCUGACAGUCCACAAGUCUCCCGACCCGGUGUCACGGGUUCUGCUUCUGAUGCACCUCAAAACGACACCCCAUGCGUUUCCCUACCCGGUGCCGCGGGCUCGGCAGUGGGCCCAAUGGCUCAGAGGCAUGCGAGAGCAGCGUCUGCUGGGGGGAUGAUUCCGCCUCACCCCUCGCCUCUUGGGGCAGGUGCUCUUUCCAGGGUGGGUUGUAGCCUCCAUGGGGCGAACAAUUUCGGUGCGUAUGGUGUCCGGACACGGGAUGGGGCAGCGAUGGAGGGAAUGCAGUCAAUGCAGUCUAGUCUGAUGCGAACUGCUAGUGGGAAGGUGGUGAGUGUGAGCAUGGAGGGGCCGAGGCGCGAGCUGAGAGCAGCGUUGCUGCUGCAGUGCUUGAGUGAAUCACAGCAGCAGCAUCAGCAACAGCAGCAACGGCAGCGGGAGCAACAGCAGCAGCAGAAGCAGCAGCAGCAGCAGGAAAUACCGCAGCAGCAGGAGCAGGAGCAGGAGCAGGAGCAGGAGCAGGAGCAGGAGCAGGAGCAGGAGCAGCAUCAGCAACGCCAACAGCCCCAACAGCAGCAGCAGCAGCAGCAGGUGCAGCAGCAGGUGCAGCAGGUGCAGGUGCAGCAGGUGCAGGAGGUGCAGGCAAGAAGGCGGGUGGUGGCAGUGGUGGUGGAGGAGGAGAUGAUGAACCGAUGCCGCCUGCAUGUGCACCAACUCCUGGCACUCGUGUCCGCCCCUCUCACACUUAUGCACCCAGACCAGCAGCAGCAGCAGCCGGGGGAUCAGCAGCAACUAGGGAAGCAGAAUGAGCAGCAGCAGCAGCAGCAGCAGCAGGAGGAGGCGAAGCGUGAGCGGCCAGCGCUGGUGCUGCUGCAUGGGUGGGAGUGCCUUUCUCCAGACCUCGUGCAACCGUCUGGCGCGACACAGAGCCAUAAGGGCAACCCUAAUAGCACCAUCAACAACAACUAUAAUAACAGUUCCAACAACUACAACUACAGCAGUGCUGCUUGCAGCCGAACGGCCAGUAGCAGCAGCGAAACCCAGGUGGUGUCCAGGUUCGGUGCACCUGGGGCCCCAGCAUCCACCUCACCUGUUGCUACCGUACCUUUCCUCCUCUCCCUUGGCUUCGAUGCUGUGGUGCGGAAGCCGCUUCGAAGGAACACUCUUGCUGCUGCCCUGCUGCCUCUCUUCCUGCCUCCUCACCUUAGCUCUGAUAGCUUCAACUCACCUCAUCGGAGCAGCAAUGACUUGAAUGCUGAGCUUGCAACAACCACCAUUGACACCACUGCCAACACUGCCAACGUUGCCAAUACUGCCAGUGACUGUGAAGCUUGUGUCUCUAUGGAAGAUACUUGCAAGGAGGGGGUUGGCAGGCAGAGAGAAAGUGGAGGGGGCGAAAGCAGGGAGGUAGAGAGCAGAGAGGGGCAGGGUUGCAGCAAGGAACGGAAACUUUGGAAGAUGCUGUCGCCCCGAAAGGUGUGCCGGAGCGAUGCUGCGUUUGAGCCCAACAGCCAUGUGGUAGCAACGGAUAAUAUAAUGGACGAAGAGAGUAGCAGAGUGAAGGAGACGAGAAGAGUGGUGAGCAGAGGGAUGAGUGGAGGAAUGAGCAACAGGGCUUGUGAAAUCACCCCAGCAUCACCAGACGAGCAUCUCACGGCUGCACCUGUUUGCUCUCCGGCUCUUCCCACUGCUUCUGCUGCAUACUCUUGUCGUGUUAGCCCUUCUCCAGCUGCUCCCUCUCCAGCUGCUGCUGCCAUAGCCAUGAGCAGGAGCAUGUCACGUUCAGAGGCGCCCCAAAAUGCUAGCAGCACUCGUGUCGCACCCCCCACUGCUAGCACUGGAGUCUCUCAAGCGCCACAGGAGCCGGCAACAGCGGGGGAGAAGCUGGGGGUACUGGCGGGGAAGCGGGUGGUGGUGGUGGACGACAACCUGAUCAACCGCAAGGUGGCCGGCAAGCUGCUGGAGCGACACGGAGCGCAAGUGACCGCCCUGGAUGGCGGGCAGCGUGCGCUCGAUGCCCUGCUGCCGGGCCACACCUUCCACCUCGUCUUCAUGGACCUGCAGAUGCCAGGCAUGGACGGGUUGGAGGCGACUCGGAGGAUUCGGGCGCGGGAGAGGGCGAAGGGCAUGGGGCAUGUGCCCAUCAUAGCGCUCACAGCGGACGUCAUUGCUGGCACUCGCGAGCAGUGCUUCGCUGUGGGCAUGGAUGCGUACCUCUCCAAACCCCUCGAACACACCCACCUCGCCAACGCCGUCUGGCAGUGUCUCGGCCACUCAUAGAGACACGUGUUCACAGGCCCCAACUCGCCAACGCCGUCUGGCGGUGCGUCGGCCAGUCGUAAAGUCAUGUACGCGCAAGGCUUCCAACUUGCUAAUGCCGUCUGGCAGUGCCUUGUCAACUCAUAGACACAUAUACUCAUAGAUCCCAACUCGCCAACGCCAAUGCCGUCUGGAAGGGCCUCGGCCAGACAUAGAGACACAUAGACAUGGGGCAUGUGCCGAUCACAGGGCACACAGCGGACAUUAUUGCUGGCUCUUGCGAGCAGUGCUCUGGGCAUGGAUAAAUGCCCUCCUCUCCUAGGCUGUCUGACGAUGAUUGUCCACCUAGGUCACAAAGGCUCACGGUACUUGACCUUGUUAUCCACUGUUAUGCCUGCCUGAUGUCAAACAUAUUUGUGUGGCAUAAUAGGCUAGAUAGGAGCAUGCUCUUAGAGGGUACAACACACUAGUUCAAACUCACCUUGUACCUCCCAUUCUAG